AUGCACCGGGGGUCAACAGGGUAGCAGCUGUGCGCGUCUCCUCCCCGCCGCCGCCGCCGCCGAACUCGAACCCCGAACCGGAACCGGAACCCGAACCGGACCCCGCUGCCGGGGGCCAUGGCCGAGGCGUCGCCCGCCCAGCCUUCGGAGAAGGGCUCGCUGCUGUGUUCCUCGGAGAUCUCCCUGUGGACCGUGGUGGCCGCCGUGCAGGCCGUGGAGCGCAAAGUGGAGGCCCAGGCGGCCCGGCUGCUGAGCCUGGAGGGCCGGGCGGGCUCGGCGGAGAAGAAGCUGGCCGACUGCGAGCGGACGGCGGCCGAGUUCGGGAGCCGGCUGGAGGGCAAGUGGGCCGUGCUGGAGACGCUGCUGCAGGAGUACGGGCUCCUGCAGAGGAGGCUGGAGAACAUGGAGAACCUGCUCAGGAACAGGAACUUCUGGAUCCUCCGCCUCCCCCCGGCCACCAACGGCGAGGUCCCCAAGGGGCCGGCGACCGUUGAGAACGACGGGGCCUACUUCUCGGAGCAGGAGUGGGAGAACCUGGAGGAGUGGCAGAAGGAACUCUACCGGAACGUCAUGAAGAGCAACUACGAGACGCUGGUCUCGCUGGACUGCGCCCUCCCCACCCUGGAGCUCCUGCCCCCGCAGCCCAGAGGGGAAGACCCGGGGGCCCCCGAGGAGCUGGGCCACUUGGAGGAAAGGGAGAGUCUCGCGGGCCCCCGCCUGGUGGACGGCAUCGCCAUCAAGCAGGAGGAGCCGUGCGGCGCGGAGGAGCCGGAGGGCCCCGUCCCCCCGGAGCCGGCGGCCGAGCGCUCGGGGGGCCCCGGGGAGUCGGGGGCCGGCUGGGAGGACCCGGCCGGGCCGGACUCCGCGGCGGGGGCCGAGCCGGAAGAGCCCCCCGCCCGGCCGGGGAGCGGGACGCCGCCCCGCCCCCGCAAGCGCCCGGCGGGCGGGAGGGCCGGCCGGGGCCUGCGGCCCAAGCGGGGCCCAAGGAGCCCCCCGGCCGCCGCCGGCCCCUACGAGUGCUCCGAGUGCGAGAUCAGCUUCCGCUACAAGCAGCAGCCGGCCGGCCACCGCCAGGCCCACCCGGGCUGGGACCCCGCCGCGGCCCCGGAGGAGGAAGAGGAGAAGGAGGAGGAGGAGGAGGAGGGCGGGGGCGGGCGGCCCCGGCCCCGCCUCAAGCCGCCGCCGCCGGGCAAGAGGGCCCGGCCCCACCGCUGCGACCAGUGCCUCAAGAGCUUCAGCUGUAAGGCCAGCCUGGCCACCCACCAGCGCAGCCACCCGCGCCAGGGGCCGGGCCAGGGGCCGGGCUUGGGGCCGGGCCAGGGGCCGGCCCGGACCCAGGAGCGCUUCUCCCCCAACAGCCUGGUGGCCCUGCCGGGCCACAUCCCCUGGCGGAAGAGCCGCAGCUCGCUCAUCUGCGGCUACUGCGGCAAGAGCUUCAGCCACCCCUCGGACCUGGUGCGGCAUCAGCGCAUCCACACGGGCGAGCGGCCCUACCGCUGCCCCGACUGCCACAAGGGCUUCGUCCAGAAGCAGCACCUGCUGCAGCACCAGAAGAUCCACCUGCGGGAGCGCGGCGUGGGCCCGCAGCGCGAGCCCGGGGGCGCCCACCCCCUGCUCUAGGCCCCGCUCUGCGGCCGGCUCCGGGAGACGAGGUCCGGGGCGGGACGGGGGGGCUCCCGGCCGCAGAGCGGGUCACCCCGGACUCUCUCCCGGGCCCGUGGGCACGACGGCCCCCCCCCUCGGAGCCCCCGUCCUGCCCCGGGGCAGAGAGAGGCCGGGUCCCGGGCACCCGGAGACUUUUGCAAGCACCGAGGCCGGAGUGGGGGGACCCCGGGUGGAGGAGUCCCCCAGACGGGGCAGCUCCCUGUUUCGAGCCCUUCUUUUUGGACCCGCUGGUUUUUGUGGGAUUUUUAAAGAUAGCGUUUCUGACCGUUUUGCACCCCUGAGAGCCGAAGAGGUGGUUCCUGCCCCGGCGGGAGCCCUACGCCGGGGAAUAUUUGGGGGUGGGGCUCAGGCCAGACUCCACUGCCUGCCCCUGUAGGGGGGAACACUAACUCCCAGCAGCUCCCCGGGGGGUUGACACUGGCUGCCCGCAGCCCCCCCGGGGGGGUUGACACUGGCUGCCCGCAGCCCCCAAGGAGAAAGAUGGCAGGGGAUGCGGGAGGGCGGGUUUUCCAACGUUGGGCUUCUGCCUCUGCCGCCGUCACCGUUGCCGCCCCGCCGGACCAGAGACUGUCAGAUGACUCGACGAUGCCAGUCUCUGCACGUCCCCGGGGCCGCCAGCUGCCUCAAGGGAGACCGCGGAGAAUCCCGCGGUCCUCUCCCCUCCAACGCUCCCACCUGUGAGCGUCAGCAUCGGACUGGAAGUGCCGUGAGGUCUCCCCAUCAAUCACCACUCUCUGCGGGUAGGGAAGGUCAGGGCUUCUGGGGCAGACAGGUAUCCCAAGAUGCUUCGCAGUCGACUAGAAUAAAACCUGCC